GGGGCCUGUGCUCAUGCGCGCGCUGCGGAGGACGUCGUUAUCCUCUUAUCUCCAUUCACAUAAACGUUCAUAAACAUUCCGCGGUGGGCUCUCCUUCCACGCAUCCUGCAGAGGAACGAGUGUGGCGUGUGCUGAGGGGAGGAUGUCGCCCUGCGUCCUGAUCGCUGCUCUGUUCACCCUUUCUGUGGCCGUGGCUGAGGGAGAGGAAGAGGUCCAGAGGGUGUGUGUUGGGAAUGCGUUUCGUCUGCCUGUGUACUCCACGUACAGGACUGUGGUGUUCACCCCCAGCUCCGAGGGGACGAAGCGUGUCCUGCUGGAGAAAACCAUGGUGGGCCAAAGUGUACCUGCACUCGUUGGUGUGCGUUUGCUUGUCUCGUCUAAACCCCGUUUCAAACUGCAGGUGAAGGACCCACGGUUCGAGUGGACCAGAGAUAAGAUGUUGGUCCUGAGGGAAGUCACUUACGGGGAUCAGGGUCUUUAUGCAGUCAAAAAUACGCUUGGCUUCACCUUCGAGGCUGUUCACCUGGUGGUUUUAGAGUGCAUCCGGUCCUUCCACAGACACUACGGGGAGAGCUUUGAGCACAGCAUCCCCGAAAACGGCUCCCUGCUGGAGUUCUCCCCGCGCGGCGCUCCACACGCGGCGUCGCCCAUCGUGCUUUGGAACGAGACGGACCCCGAGACCAGCAGCGCGAGGCGAGGCCGGCUGCUGCACAGCAGGAGGGUGUGGGUGGCUGAGAGGGUGACGCAGGCCGACCAGGGCAACUACACGGUGAGAGACGUCCAGGGCAACGUGCUGUCCCACCGGCUGCUCAUCGUCCGAGGGCACUCCUUCAACGUCACCCGCUUCACCAAGGAGUCUCUAAAUCUGCCCCUCUUUCUUCCUAUUCCUCACGUCCACCUCAUUUUUAUUCCUACCCGACACCCUGAUGAAUACUCCGCGGGCCCCUUCGACCCCAAGCCCCCUCGGGGCGCUGUGCAGCUCAUUCGCGAGGGCCACAUAACGGACUACGACAUGCGCUACAGGGGCCUCAUCUCCCUGGGCAGGAACGGUUCCCUCAACGAGGUGGUCAUAUCGAGGCUGACCUCGCGGCACGACGGCGUGUAUGAGAUCAGAGACGACGACGGCAACUUAGUGUCGUCCACGCUGCUGCAGGUGAUCGAGAAGGGAGGCCGGUGGCGAGCGCUUCUCAAGUCCAUCACCGUCCCAUCGGGCAUGUUUGUGUCACUGGCUGGCUUCAUCCUGUUCAUGAAGCGCUACCCAAACUGCAGCUUGUCCCAGAUCAUCACCGGCCUCAGAACAAACCGCACGCCUGCAGCCAACCCUCCGAGGGUCAACAUCCAGGACUACAGCCAACCCGUAUCUGAGCCCUCUAGCUACUACAGUCACGCUCAGCAACCAGGAACUCCAAGGAAGUGGACCCCAAGAACCAGUCCAGCUCACGCUAGUUACAGUCCGGUCAUGAUAGGAAGUCCAAGAACUGAAACCCAGCAAGCAUACAGAGCAGCGGCUAGGAGCUCCCCUAGUCACGCUUCAGCCUCUGGGGUUGAAAACUCUAUUGAGGAAGAUAAACAGAUUUCCUUCUCGGUGUCUGGUGCUUCCAACUGCCUUCAGUCGUCUGAGGACUGCAUUCAGUUCCAGAUCAAUAGGGAUGGUAAUGAAGAAAAGAGGAGCAGUUCCCAAGGAUUUUCCACGCUGCCACUAGACGAGGACACAUCUGGACUGUGCAGUGUUUACACAUCGGAGAAACUGAACUUCUUAUGAGACAAAUAACUGAAGCUGGAACAAGAGAGGAAGAAAUAAAUGUUGGAGAAACUCCACGCUUGGAUUCUCAGGAGUUCAGCAAUUAAAGGAAAGAAGAACUUCACUGGUGCCUUUUGCAUUUUAGCCUGACUUUAAUGGUUCUGUAUCAGUAUUGCAUGUGAUUUUUCUGAAGCAUGAGCUGAGCAUUAGCCUUCCUGUCUCAUAUUACAUAUUUUUGAUAGUGGCCGAUGGUGCUCCUGCUCUAACCUACCUCCAAAUCCUCAGGACUGAUAUAAUCUGCUUUGUAGUAUUUGAGUCUCUGUAUCUGUAUGUGUGUGUGUAAUAUGAUCACUAGGGCUACAUACAAAUUUUGAGAUAUGAGACGAAAAUUUUUAAAAGGGAAAUAUAAAGUACUGUAUAGUGAUAUAGAGGUAGGUGAAGUGUUUUCUCCAGUCAUCACAAUUCUCACUGCAACAAUUAAUUAUUUCAUUAAAUGUCAGUUCUGCACUUUACUGAUUUUAUCAUUGUAUAUAUUUUAAACUGUAGUGCAUUUACCUUUGACGUGAUAGUAAUAGUUAUGUGAAAUGUAAUGUUUCACUAAAUAUUGCAAUAGCCUGUUAAUCUGUGAACUUUGUGUACAUUGUAUUAUGACCAAAUCUUUUUAGUGAUAACUGGUUAAAUUGCUGCUUGUGAUAUUUUUGCUCUCUCUCAAACAAUAAAAUAUCUAUUUAACA